GCAAACGUCGCUGUUGGAAGAUGCAGGCUGUGCCAUUUUUGAGAUUGCGUGUUGGUGGAGGAAUAGGAGGCAAAAUGGACAUCAGAUCGGGUAGUUAGUUCUAAGGGCGCUCGCGCUAUCCUCGGCCGAUCUGCGUCUGCACCGGUCAACGGCAGCUCAAUUAACACAGCCAUGGUGAAAAGUAGAUUCAAGAGAAGCUUUCCUCAUCGAUACAGAUUACAUAGUCACCAAGAGACCGGCAGAUAGCUAAAUGUUGUCGAACAAGACUGCUCUCGUCAUCACUCACGGUGACGCCGUCUCUGUUGUCCACCGUCCUAGUAUUAAGCCUAGCUUUGGGUUUCUCGGGCUAACAUCGACCGCUUCUAUCGAGCGCGCGCAGAGACAGAAGCAAAGAACUACUUUGCUUCCGGCUCUACGCGAUUCGAUAGCGAUGGUUGAUGCCAGCCUGAAGAAAUUCUUCCGCCCAUGUGGUUCUAGCCUGACGCUGGACCUGGAAAGCACGUCAGCUGCCCGGCUGCGAUCUUCUCGUAGACUUGAAGGCGUCAAGCAACGCUUGGCGUGCUUUUCUCCGAACGACGAGAAAAGCCGUCGAAGUGACAUGGAACUGGCAAUCAAGAAGUGUGUUGAACAGUGCAACCGUGCAGAGCCGCUCACCGUCUUAUAUACUCUUGCAGAAGAAGGAGCGUUGGAUUCUCCCAUGGCGUUGCCUAGUGGGUGUCUAUGACAACGAAGAAAGAGAGUGGAAAACGAGAGGGGAGACGCCGAU